AUGGAGCCUGACGAUGAAAUUAAGUCGGGCUGUUUGUUACUUCCACCAGCGGGAGGAAACAUGUUCAGUAAAUUUCCUAAGAAGAAAAUAUGGCAGCAAAAGUUUUGUAUACUAUUCAAUGCUAGUAUUCAAGGAAUUGAGAGACUUGAAAUAUAUGACAAUAAAGAUGAUGUUGCUUCUGGUGCUAUUCCAAAAGUUCUUACACUUGAAAAUUGCAUAAAAAUUACACAUUCUAGUCCUAACACAAUUACUAUAUUGACUAAGUCACAUACUCAACAAAUCAGUGCUCAAUCAGAACAGGAAACAUUAGAAUGGGUUACUGCUUUGCAAUCUGUUGCUUUUAAAGGUAGAGACUCCAGUCCUAUAUCAUGUGAUGAAGAUAAUGAUCUAUACUGUUCAUCUGGUGAGGGAGUAUUCUCAGUCAAAAUGUGUUCAUCGGAAGCUUCAACCCGAUGUGGAUUUGAGCCUAUUAGAUACUUACUUUUAUUGACAGCAACGGCAAUUGAAUUAAGGGAUAUUAAUGAUAAUAAGUUAUAUGCAACUUGGCCAUAUAGAUAUAUAAGACGCUAUGGAUAUAGACAGGGUAAAUUUACAUUUGAAGCUGGCAGAAAAUGUGAUACUGGAGAAGGUAUUUUUCACUUAGAACAUCCAAAUCAAUCUGAAAUAUUUAAGUGCUUAUCACUUAAAAUGAGAACAAUGAAACAGAUGAUUGGCAAUGACAAUCUCAAUAGUCCCGAGCACAGUGAUUUUAAUAUACAGCCUAUUGCUAAUCUGUUCCCAGGGUCUAGAAGUCCACUGGUAGCAACAAGACCUGAUGAUCUGAAUUUAACUUCUCUUUCUUUUAAAACAGCAUCUGUAUCAAGUCAUCAGACUACAAGUACAGAGAGAGACACUGUGCCAUUGCUAAUGCCUAAACCUGCACUAAAGCCUAAACCUCAGAAACCACCCCGAAAAAUUAUUAAUUUACACAAAAUAAGCAAGGAUAUACCUAGUUCUACAGAUGAGAGUAUUGAUUUUGGACGCUAUAAAAAACUAGAUAAUUAUGAACCUAUUGAUCAAAUUAAAAGAGAACAUAGUCCUCCUUCAGUGCCAUAUGAUAAGGUGGAAGUAAGGAGUGAGGCAUGGAAAACAUUAGGUAUUGAUGCCCCUGAUCAUACUGAAUUCACUCCGAAUUUAGCAGACAACCCCAAUUGUAUGAAACUCAUAUCCCGAUCUCAAGAUAAUCUUAAUACAUCUGGCCCAGAAUCAUCAAGAAUCAUUCUUCUGCCAAGCCCUAUGGUCGAUCCAGAAGAUGAAAACUAUGAUAGAUUACAGUACUUUGGUUCAACAAGCAAAUUGAACAAGUCUUCAAGAUAUAAGAACAUAGAAGCAAGGCCCACAACUCUAGCUCUUAAUAACCCCAAAAAAGAUACUUGGAAUGAUUAUGAUGAAGUUGAAAAUGUUAUGCAAACAGCCAGAUUGGCGGAUGACUCACAUUUAGGUUAUGGUAUGAUAAGAAAACCUAACACACCAGGCCCCCAAGUACCAACAGCUGCACAAGCUCAGGCUUUGCAAAAUCAAGUUGGAUUAGAGGAUAUUAGCCAUAGUACUUGUAACGGAACAGAUUAUGCAAUUGUGAGCCGUCCAAAAAGAGUG